AUGCUUUUACUUUAUGUUAUUAUGAACCUUUGCAUUUCAGGUAAGUUGAAUAAAAUUUUGAUAUAAAUCGGUGUUUUUAAUCUCCUGCCUUAUACUGAGUGUUUAUGGGGGAGAAGCCUUUAGGCUAAACUCACGUAUUUUCAGUAUCGAGGAUAAUCAAAAGUGGCGAACGAGCGGCAGGAGGAAGUACCAAUUUAUGCUUGUAUUUCUUAAAAUGAAAACUGCAGAACGGCUGCAAGUGUACUUCCUUAAUACCGUAGUUAGAUGGUAUUCUGAGAUUUAGGAUUCACAGAAAAUUCGUUACAGCUGACUCAUGAAUUCUUUCGUAGGUAUGAAAUUGUAGUUUAUUUAGAAGCUGUUGAGCUAGAUCCGAACAACUUUCUGCGAUUCUUAGAAGUAGAUUCAGCUCGAUUAUUUUUAAAUCACAUGUCGGGGACUUUCUAAUCUCUUUUCUGACCUAUUUUGCCAACUUGUCGGUACUUAGAGCAAAGACGAUAUCAGGCAGCCCAAGCGUCCAAUGUAAGUGUAUCAAAGGCUUACGCGAUUCAAGGACAGUUACCUGUCUCGUGAAUACCACGUUAAAUUGCAGGCGAAACCCAGGCUCGCUUUCAUUGUUUUGCGAUUCGUGUUGAGUGAAAUUGGUUUUCGCAUUUGCAAUUUUCGUUUUAUAAUUUACAAUAAUUAACGUUUAAUCAUGAUUUUGUGGUAAACACCUUUUUCUUUUUCUCAGAAUUGCACAUUAACGAUUUCAAUACCGAGGGAUUGUUAUGGAUCUUUCGUUUUCUUCUCUCGAUUAUAAUAAUAACAGCAUUUGUUUACGAUCCUCAAGUACCUACUUCCCGUUUUUCUAGGAAACUAUUACUAGUGACAUAUUUGACACGUGCUCAGCAAACUGGCCUCGGGGAAAAAUAAGGAAUCUUAGAAUGCGGAAAUCUGGAUGCGAGGACAAUCUAACAAUCAGACCUCGUUGUUGGAUAGUGCUAUAUAUCCAUCGGAUAAAUCACUAUCCAGCGGAUAAACAGUAAAGGAAAACAAUGCAUUAUCCACCAUAGAGUAAUUACCCAGUGGAGUAGCCGGUUAUCGAGUUUUGAACAACUGGGGCCAGACAGGUAGUAGCCCAAUAAGCUGCACAGUGCUACAUAUACGUUUCAGCAAAAAUAGAAGGGAGGAAGCAGAUCGCUACAGCUGAUUGUAAAACUGCUUUCAUUUUUGAAAGAUUUUUAAUCACUGGUGGAGAAGACCAAGAAUCAAAUUUGCUAACAAAUGUAAAGAGAGAGAAAAGGCGUCGGGAAAGGGGCACCUGAUUAAAGAAGAUCAUGAAAAGUAAUUGCUGUUACUUAAUCUUGAUAUAAAGUCUGUAAAACAACUUUCAUUUCAAAUAACGUAGAUUUCUGGAGGGCUGUGAGAGAGUAUAAUACAAAAACAACUUCGAAAAACAUCUUGCUAACUUGAAAUGCAAGUAUAAGCAAGAAUUGACACAAAAUAAUAAAGUAAACGUAAUAUUUCGGUUCUUAUUUCAAGACCACUAUCAAACGUGAAAUACAAGAUGGAAAAGCGCUGAAACUUAUGAAGAGAGCUAGCCAGAAAGGUGUGACUGUGAGAGUGUUUAAUUCAGCACUCACGACACCUGUAUGUGGCUUAAAAAUUUCCUCACGGUUACGGUAUUGCCGUAAGAUUUUACUGAUUGGAUUGAAUGUUUUGCGGAUUACUUAUCCCGAAUGUAAACCAACAAUUCAACCGGGUUUGUGAGGUCUGCGUAAUUGGGCGGGGGCAGUGGGUGGGGUGAUGAGCUGAUCUUCUCAAUCACAUGUAACUUAGAACUAAGCUGAUUAUUGAGCUGUCGUUUACUUAUUUUUAACUGGCCAGCGUCACACCAGCAACAGCGUCCGAGGAUUGUUUCAGGACCGAGCCAUCUCGUGAUUGGGAAAAAGCACGGAAACAUAACAUUUGACUGGACUUUCAAACUUCUCCCCGGAAGGACUUGGAUCGAGAGCGUGGAAGAUGUGGCUUUCGGGUUGUGGAAAGCACCAGGGUAUCUGAAGACCAAACUCAUGGUUAUCGGCAAGUAUGGGAAAGUAAUAACUCGACAAAACUACGGGAACAAAAUAAGCUGCACAUUCAACAUAUCUGUUCUGCAAGUCGCAUUCACGGUUCAUAAUCUAAGCACAGGAGAUGAGAAUGAUUAUGGUCUUCACAUUGAGCUUGGCUUGGCACGGAAUCCGUUAAAAGAUGUUGUUGCACUUCGCUUGGAGGGUAAUUGUAAUAUUAAAUAUAGUUUAAAAACUAAAAAAGGUAUUAUUUCAGCCAGCGGUUAGAAAUUUCCUCUUUUCUUUUGUAGGAGGACAGGGAGGAAGCUGUUUUAAGUAUCGCUUUUAAGUCCAAGAAUUUUUUUACUUGUACAGAGUAAAGUUUUCGAGAAAAACCAUUGAUGCGCGUCCUGCCAUAUUCUGCAAAGCUUCACUAAUCUUUAGAUUCUGAAAAAAGUGCUCUUUAGCCAGCAAAAGGCUUAUUCAAAAAUCAAACAAAAAUGUAACGUCUGUGUUAUACAGACUUAAAGCUUUGUGUAACGUAGGUAUGCGUGGCAGCCUGAUGAAUUUUAAGUUGUAGUGGAGUUAAUUUUUCUUUGAUAAUGUUUAUCGCACAUUUCUUAUCGGUAGAUCCACCAAAAAUUGUCAGUUCCUUGGAAAGAAACAUUUCCCUGAGGGCUGGCGAAAGACUGGAAUUGAACUGCAGGGCGACUGGACUUCCUACUCCACAGGUCACGUGGAUACGAUCUGGAAGAGGUUUUAAAAAUCAUACCCUUGUUGUAAACCAAGUGAACAAAAAAGACAGUGGACUGUACCUAUGCAAAGCUUACAGCCCAGCUGGGGAGGAUAGUAUGAAGAUUUUUGUUAGAGUUGAGGAUGGAGACAAGCCAACGCAAGCAACAGGUGGGGAGUAUCUAGUGACCAGGAUGGUAUACUUAAGUUUUACACGGAUCAUCAGACAUUAUUAUUUUUCUGCAUGUUUAUUUUAUUUGUCUUACUUCUAGCGGUAUGUUUCAGCUAAGUCCUGUUAUGAAGUUAAUAUCUAGACUAACGGAAUCGUCAGUGAACUGCCAAUAUUCGUUAGCUUGAGCAAGACAAGUCAUGCUUUUAAAAGUCUGGCGUUUUUUGGUUGUUUUAUUUUGUUUUAUCGUGCCGAUAAAUGAGUUGGUAAAAACUCACAGUAAAACAGGGCCCAUCAAAGAAUUGGUAUAAUUACUUCAGUAAGGUUUACUGAAGACACUUACUUCUUUUUCUGGUUCCAGUUUCAGCUUUUGGUGCAACACUUUCACAAGAUAACAGUCAUGCAUGGAUCUCAAUUCUGUUAUUGGCGGGCUCAACAUUAUUACUGGCAUCGAUAACAUUGGCGUUGAUUUUUUAUUACAGGCGCAGACGUUUAAGAAAAGACUUUUCUUACUCUCUGCAGCCAGAUACAGGAACAACUGUUUGA